AUGUCAGCUGUUUCAGGUUCAAUAUGGAUACGGAAUAACAGUCCGACCAAGCGAGCGUACGUGUUUGGAGGGUAAUUCUUCCAAGGUCGUAUAAUCCAACGAAAGUUAUAUCUAAAAGGCAGUCGUCUGAUUUAUGCAAAAUCUAGCGCGCAACGUUGAUGUGUUGACACAGGGAUUUAAAUACGGAAUAUCUGGACUCAUGAACCUUGCAAGUCAAACCUCGGAUCCUCAGAAUGGUGUUUUCUUUGUUAAUUUCAAUCAAGAUUGCACAUCCCUCGCAGUUGGCACGAAGUCUGGCCACAAAAUCUUCUCACUCAACUCUGUUGAUCACCUGGAAAAAAUUUAUGAAAAUGAUUCUGAAGACAUAUGCAUUGUCGAGCGGCUGUUCAGCAGCAGUCUUGUGGCAGUGGUCAGCCUCUCCUCCCCCCGUAAGCUGAAAGUAUGCCAUUUUCGUAAAGGGACUGAAAUCUGCAACUACAGUUAUUCCAAUACCAUUUUGGCUGUGAAAUUGAAUAGAGCGAGACUGGUGGUAUGUCUCGAGGAAUCACUCUACAUUCACAAUAUCAGGGAUAUGAAGGUGCUUCAUACAAUCCGUGACACACCUCCGAAUCUCGCGGGACUCUGUACGCUCUCCAUAAACAGCGACAGUUGUUACCUCGCCUAUCCUGGCUCAAACACAAUAGGAGAAGUACAGAUAUUCGAUGCCAUCAACCUUCAAGCCAAGACGAUGAUACCAGCACAUGACAGCCCUUUGGCAGCUCUUGCCUUUAAUCCAUCAGGAAAUAAAGUAGCGACGGCUUCAGAAAAAGGAACUGUUAUCAGAGUUUUCCAUGUACACGAUGGUGCUAAAUUAUUCGAAUUUCGACGAGGUGUUAAGAGAUGCGUAUCUAUCAGCAGCCUUGCAUUUAGUAUGGACUCUCUGUUUCUUUGCUGUUCGAGUAACACUGAAACUGUGCACGUUUUCAAACUUGAAGAACCAAAAGAAGCACCAGCUUCAGAGGAAGUUCAAAGUUGGAUGGGCUUUUUUACAAAAGCAGUAUCAGCAUCAGCGAAUUAUUUGCCAUCUCAGGUAACUGAUGUUUUCAAUCAGGGACGUGCUUUUGCCAGCGUACAUCUACCUUUCCAGGGACUGAGAAAUGUUUGUGCCAUCACUACGAUACAGAAAGUGUUGAGGCUAUUAGUGGCCAGUGCAGAUGGAUAUCUCUACGUUUAUAAUCUUGAUAUGGUAGAAGGGGGAGAUUGCACUCUACUGAAACAGCACAGGCUGGACGGCAAGCCGGAUGAAAUAGAUGGUCCAACCGUAUCUACAACAGCAUCUGCAACUGUAGAAACACCUGCGGCAGCUCAAACAGUACAAAACACAGGCUGCAUAAAUAGCUACGCGGGUGCAUUGCGCGGCCGCUCGCCAGACGCCAUGUCAGGUACUGACUCAGAAAAGUUUCACGAGAUGGUAGCUGCUACGGAAAGUCCACCCAAGGGCGGUUUUCGUUUGGAUGACGACACCGAGUUUCCACCGGUCACACAAAGGACUGAUUGAAAACUAUCUUUGACAUAUCUUUAAGGGAUUUUGUAAUGAUAAAAUAAUUCAACACGUGGAACAUGGAUAAGUCUGUGUCGAUACAUACAGCUUUUUGAAAGUUUUCCAGGUUUUUCUUUGAUUAAAUUUGUCUAGCUACUCCAUUAAUAGAAGCCAUGUUAUUAUUUUCUUCUGAUAUAUUUUUGUAAAUCAAUAUUACAUCUCUAAUUGUUUUCCAUUGGAGAAAAUUUAAUGAACGAUGAAAUAUUCUUGUGCAGUGGAUUGUGUUAAACAAGAACAAGGUUUCGCCGUCUCUCGGUUACGGCUUAUAAACGUAUUUACAACUUUUUUUUUUUUAUAAAUUGAAGAAUGGCUGAGUAUAUUGGCAUAGAUUUACUCUAUUGAAAAUAAUAACGAAAAUGAGGAAAAAAGAAACAAUGAGCACAGUGGACCACAUUCUCAUAUUUUAAAACCGCAGGCGAACGAUAAAAAAGCCUUUUUAAACAUACGUUGACAUCUGUUGAAGCAAAAAUACAAAGACAAAAUUUAUCAAAAAUACAUACCUUAAAAAAGUAUAAUUUAAAUCAUUAUCAGUAGUAUGUAAAGAGAGAUAAAGGUCAAUAGAUAGUAAAGGUCAUAAAAAGAAAUGAGUUUUUAAGGUGUAUCAAAAUUACUAUCGGUUCCACAUACAUACAAUUUUUCUCUCUCUCUCUAGUUUAUUAUAUUUUAGUUUUUUUUUUCGUAAACAAAAAAAAAAUAAAUAAUGAAUAAAUCAAUAAAAACGAAAAAAAUCACAAAUAAGAAAUAAAAAAUUGGUGCCAAUCGUAGACCUACUUGGGGAUAUGAAGUCGAUCAUAUUUUUCGAUUAUUAAUUUUAUUUUACAUCAUUACGUAGAAACACUGUGUUUACUGUGUGUAACUGUAAUAUCCGUAUGUCACGAAAUGACGGACCUAUGCAUCUCGAUUUAUUGUAACUAGUGGUUAAUAGACGGGAGCAUUCGGUGUGUCAUUUGCCAGGCCAGUGUAAUGGAAGAUCUACGAUAAUUUGAGACAGUUUUAUACUAAUUUAAGUCUUGUUUGGUAGUUUUAAUUUUAUAAACAUAAUUACGAUUAAAUUAAUUCAAAAAAUAUAUAAUAAAAAGGAGUUUAAAAAAAAAAAAGAAAAAACGAAUAACGAUUGUAAAUACAAAAAAAAAGCUUACGUAUUAAUAUUGUUGUGUAUAAUUUCGUACCAAUACAUGUAUGAGCACGCUAGCAAAUUGUAGCUAAUUUUUAUUUUUACUUGUUAAGAUUACCUCAUCUAUAGGUACAUAGGAUAUCAUUAUGUAUCUUGUGGUUUUAAUCAGAGAACUCUAGGCAUAUUUAAUGUAUUAGUUGAGUAUUAUAGUGAUGAUAAUAAUCGUGAUGAACUAUUUUUUAUUUUUUUUUCUCAUCCUGGAUCAUGGUAUUUGGAUCUACCAUAUUCAGUGCUGUUGUGAGGAUGUGCAUAUUAAUAUUAUCAUUGUUCAUAUCUACUAUAACGAAUCACGUGUAAUGUAAUUAUUUUUCACUGCGAAUAAAAUUUAAACGUUAAGUAAAACAAUUUUUGAAUAAAAAUUAUCUCAAACGCAUGUCGUCAAGAUAUUUGUAUGUGAAAUACAUGUAAGAAUCCGAAUGAUGGACAGUUUUUUGUCUUCUUCUAAUCGUUGUCGUUAUUAUAACAUGAUAAUGAAUGUGUUCAUAUGAGAAUAAGAUUAAUAAUAAGAUGGGUAAUAUUCAUAACAACAGCGUUAGUUCACCACCAACAAUUCGCUACAGAAUUGAUUUAUUUUUGUUUCUCUUCCAGAGGAACAUACAACAGAUCAUAACAGUCGACAAGACAAUACGGAUUGCUGAGAACUGGAACGAAAUGUGGGAUAAUAAUUUUUUCUCCGUUAUAAUUGGAAACAAGUGCAUUUUUAAAUAAUUUUGUUUCAUCCAUUUUUUAUUUUGCUUCCUCUAAUUUUAUGCAGCAGUACAAAAGGAACUCGCUUAUUCAAAAUUUCGUUAUUUUAUUACACCGUAACACGAAAUUACUUCAAAAAACACUCACGGAGGAGGAGAAAAAGAAUGAGAGAGAGAGCGAGAUGGAAAACAUAUCAAUGAUAAUACACUCUUAGUGCAAUCUCAGUUUUAAUCAAUAAUUAUAAUAAUAUAAUGUAAAAGUUUUAAACAUACUAGAACAUGUGUAAGUAUGUGUACAAGAUGGAACAUUUAUGAUCAUAUACCUAUGAAAGUAUCAAUAUACUUUUGUAUCUUACGCUGCCAAUUUUCCAUAGUUUUUGUAUUUCACGUCUAUGUUUCUUGAUCAAACUAUACUCGAGAAGCCGAAGUUAUUGUGGACUUAUUCCUAUUCACAGAGUAGCAGGUAAUUUCAUCUUUCAUGCAAUUCAUGUAUGAAUCACAAAGCUCGGUGAAUUUUUAAUCUCGAAUAAAAGAAUUUAUUCGAUUUUUUGUUUAUUUGCCAAUAAGCGGUACUUGCGCUAUCAACAAAAUAUUGGUACAGAGAUGUGUAAGAAAUUAU